AUUUGUUCUUUCUCUUUUCCCUUAAUUCAUUCAAUGCCAUUUUCUGUAAGGUCGAGAAAUGUGCAAACUAAAAGUAACUCAAGUACAGCAACCAAAAGCAAAUCAGUGAUUGUAGAAGAUACCCAUGCCGAACCUAAAUUCGUCGUCAACCAAUUCGAAUACUUAGACGGUCGCAACUAUAGGAAAUCCACCUUUCCCCACGAACAAUUCUUACCUUCUGAUGAUGAGGAAAUUGAGCGCUUACAGAUCAACCACUUACUCUUCAAGUCCAUUUUUGUCACACCCUUCUUUUCACCUGUUGAAGACUCACUUGCGGCAGGUAUCAAGGUGCUCGGCGUAACGUCAGGACCGGGUUGGUGGUUGAUUGAUAUGGCCAAGGGCUACCCAAAAUCACAUUUUACAGGGAUUGAUGUGAUGAUUUACCCAUUGAAUGCGCCACCCACGAACUGUCAUUUCCGCAUCAUGGAUAAAACUGUGGGCUUACCCUUUCCCGAUCAUUCAUUUGAUUUGGUAACACAACAUGAUGUCCUAUUUAAAUAUAGUCAAGACGAUUGGAACUUGAUGCUUUCUGAAAUGAUACGCGUAACUAAACCCGGUGGUAGGAUCGAGUUGGCUGAAAGUGGAGGGUCUAUACAGGAUAUUGGUCCCAAUAUGUCUAUCUGGAUGAUGCGACUAACGGUGUCGCUGCAGACAAGAGGAAUCAACCUUAAAAUGGCAACACAAUUAGCAUCGAUGCUGGAGGGGAUGGAAGAACUGACAGACGUUCAUAGUUCUCAUCGGUCUACACCUGUAGGUUGGUACGGAAGGACAGGUGAUAUUGCAUUGGAAUGUUUAGAGCGAUUAUUCGAAGCAGUGAAACCUAAAGUAUGUGAAGAUUGGUCUAUGAGUACAGCAAAAUAUGAUAAAGUCAUUUCUACAGCGUCUGCCGAAUGUCGUGAUUUUCGAAGUUGGCUAAAUAUUCAUUAUGUAACUGCUGUCAAGAAAUAAAUUUUUUAUUUGUUGUGAAAAAAAAAAAGAAAAACUAAGAAAGCUACAGAGGGAAAAAAUCAUUUUUUUUUUAUAUGAGAGAGAGGGUGCUUCAUUAGAAAGAGGGGGAUAGUUAAUCAUUUAAAAAAUAUAAAAAGUUUUACUUAGCUUUUUCCUCUUCCUAAAAUUCACCCCCUCAAUUUUUUUUUUUUUUUUUUUUUUU